AUGGAGGAAAAUGAAGCACAUAGCAACGCUCCGAGACCCCGACCGGAUAGUAAACCAUUACCGACCGAUUCAAUGGUGACCGUCAGCCUGUCGGAGGCCAGUUCGACCCGCGAAACGCUCGACGACCCUCCUCCGAUCAUCUUGUCGGUUCCUGGGUCGCCCGAUACCAUCACUUCCCCACCUCCCGACUCCCCAGCGUCCCGUCCGAGCUCGCUAGACCUAAUGAACAAUCUACAACAAGAGCUGGAUUCCAAAGAGGAAGGGGGAGAGGAGGCCCACCCUUCUCCAGUCGACACUUUGGAUGGGUCGGUUGAGUCAAUAGAGGUGUCAAUACGCUCGCGUAGUAGCACGAACAGCUCCAAGUCUAGCAAUCCUGUGGACUGGGAUGCUCUGGAUAAGUCGGAAGAGAAGGAGGCGCAAGAUGAAGGUUCUGAUGAUCACGUCGCUAUGCUGCUCGCUCGAUUGGAGCAGGAGAAUAACUCCCUCGCAAAUGAUCCAAAAGCUACCGUGCGGACGAAAGAUCGGUUACGCAAAAAUUCCCGACCUGCGUCGGUGCAACAACUCAAAAAGUUGGUCCUCAACAAUCGGCCGGCCUCCAUCCGACUCUCCCAGCUUCCCACACCGCAAAUGACCGAACUCGAAUUCUGGGCCGCCCUAGUCCAAGAUUACCCGAACACCGCACAGCGUCUGCCAACCCUCACAGCCAACAAAGUCCGAAGCGGUAUCCCCGCUCCCCUCCGAGGCGUUGUAUGGGUCAGCAUGGCGGGGGCCGCGGACAAGGUGUUGGAGGAUGCCUUCGAUCGUCUAUGCGGCGAAUCCAGCCCCUAUGAGAACAUGAUUGGGAAAGACAUCGGGCGAAGCUUUCCUGGGGUGGAGAUGUUCCGCGAGGCGAAUGGCGAAGGCCAGAGAAUGCUGGGUCGCGUCUUGAAGUGCUUCAGUCUCUAUGAUGAGAAGAUUGGGUAUUGUCAAGGUUUGGGGUUCCUUGUUGGCCCUCUGUUGAUGCAGAUGGGAGAGAGAGAUGCGUUCUGUGUCUUGGUCCGGCUCAUGGAAGACUAUGACCUGCGUGCUUGCUUUCUUCCCGAUCUUUCUGGUCUGCAUCUGCGGAUCUAUCAGUUCCAGUGCUUGCUCGAGCAGCAUCUUCCGAAGCUCGCUGCACAUCUCCACAAACUGCAGGUUGAAGGAUCGUAUCUGUCACAAUGGUUCCUGUCAUUUUUCGCCGUCACCUGCCCGCUUCCGUUACUCUUCCGGAUAUACGACGUCAUCUUUGCCGAAGGUGCUAGUGAAACCAUCAUGCGGGUUGCCCUAGCAAUCAUGCAACGGAACGAAGCAAAGAUUCUAGGCUCUUCAGAGUUUGAAGAUGUCAUGCACCUCCUCCUUUCCCGUCAACUGUGGGAUUCAUACGGCCUCAAUGCUCAAUCUGCGGAUGAGCUAGUUGCGGAUUUUGUCGGCUUCUCCAGCGCCGUGACUCGAGAGUCAUUAACCGCCUUGGAGUCCUCGUUUACCGAAGCGCAGAAGCGUAGUACAUCAGCAGGAUAUGUCCCCGAAGCUCAGGCAUCAGCUACCCGAUUCCUAGGCCGGUUAUGGUCUUCUAAUAAAUCCUCUUCCCUCUCUCCCGGGCUGACCGCGCCAUCGCGGCCCAGCAGCUACUUGCAAAGGACACCUUCGAAACAGAGCUUGGCCUCGACUUUGAAUUCAUUCGAGGCGACCUCUUCCAAUUCUGACAGCGUCACGAGUCUUGCGAGCACCGCUAUCACUGAACAAUCUGAACGGCUUUCGGAUAUAGAGUCUAGCGGGGAAACCUUGAAGCAGACGAAAUCAAAAGAGUCUGCCGGCAAGAUGGCCGCUACCGAGAAAGACAAAGCCUAUCAUACGCAGAUUGAGGAUCUUCUCAAAGCGCUGGGGGAAAUGCAGGUCUCUCAUUCUUCCCUUGCGUUGGAACUACAACGGGAGCGAGAAGAGCGGGAGGAGGAUCGCCGAGUGAUGAAGGAUAUUGUGGACGGCUUCAACGACAUUGCCCCUCCGACGUCCGCAGCCCCUUCCCAUGCACGCUCGAAAUCAUCCAGCGCAAUAUCAUCCCUUCUAUCAAUCCCGUCACUUCAAUCUUUGACCACCGCACCGAGUCCUCCGAAACGACUAGCACCACCACCAACUCAGCUUGCGUCUCCGUUGACACCGCAUCUUCUUUCUCUGAUCGAGGCUGCCGCAGCACGCAUUGCGGCAACCGAGUCAUCCCACCGCGUCUCCAUGCAUGAAACCAAGGAGGAACUUACGACAAGCCUUUCCCGCACCCGCGAUGCCCUCUCCAACGAAAUGGUUCGUUCCCAGGAUCUCACCGUUCAAUUGGCCACCGCAACGGAGCGGAUCGAAGCUGUGGAACACGAGUUCCGAGGCGCCAUGGCCGAACUCUCCACCCGAACCACCGAAGCGUCCAGCCUCAAGGAUGACCUCAACCGCUGCCGCGACCUAUACAAGAACAGCAGCGCGCAAAACGAGAAACUCCAAGCCACGGUCCGAGAACUCAAAGCGGACCGCGAGCGCCUGAUUUCCGACGCCCGGCGCGCCUCCAACUCCAGCAUCAAGGAGACCGCAGCCAUGAAGCGCCAAACCACCACCGGCCCUAAAUCCGGUCUCCGCCCAUUCCAACUCGGUCGAUCCAGCACCGCAUCACUCGCCACCCCGUCCUCCCCUACUGACCCCGUCCCCGUCCCCUCCAGCCCUACAUCCACCACCCCCAACGACGCCCGUCCCCCCCGCACCUCCUCCCUCCUCAACCCCGAAGCCCUCCUCACCGAGCUCAACCGCCUCAAAACCGAACUCGAGAAUACGCGCGCCGCCGAAUCCUACGCGGUCAGCGAGCUCGCGAACCGCAAGGCGUCGGAGGCGGCGGCGCAGGCGGAGGUGGACGAGAUGCGGCAGAAAUUCAACGCGCUGCGGAAGGCGAUGACGGCGGACGUGGGGUCUGUGGGGGUGGGAAGGGAUGGGCAUGUGAGGGGGGCGGUGAGCGUGGGAACGUUUACGCCGCCGGAGGAGCGGAAGGAGGGGAGUGCUGGGAGUGGGAGUGGUAGUGGAACGGGGUAUGCGUCGGGAUCGUGGGGGUGGGGUUGGGGGAAGAGGUGA